AUGUCCUUUCGAUACACCAAUAACCUCAUCGGCGUGUUAAAGCACCGGCUUUGCCUUGAAGCCGCGCAUCGCGAUAUCGCGCGGCGGACCUUCACCGGCACCUGCGAUGGCAUUGAGGUGACCUGCAGCGGCUUUGGCAGCGUCCUGGCGAUGCGGCUGCUCGAUCCCGCGCGCUGGGAGCCCUUCUACCGCACCACCACCACCACCACAACCUCGAUUUCGCCUUCUACAACAAAUCCUUCUUCUUCUUCUGAUGGCGGCCUCGAUCUCGUACGACUCGCGCGCAGCGUUCGGGCGGCGACGUGGGAAGCCCUUCAGCGGAUUUCCGCCGCAAAGGAGGAGGCGCAUGCGCGGUCGCUGCGCGCGAACUCUCAACUUCUCGCGCGCGGCACGCUGCGGGAGUGGUAUGAGGAAGACGCGACGACGCUGCGGCCGCACACGUGGAGCGGGUUGAAAGAGGAGCUCGCCACGCCGUGGAUGCAGGCCGUGCGCUACGGCAAACCUCGCCCGGCGCGGUAUCGGAUGACCACCACGGGAGAAGAAACCCAAAAGAAAGAAGAUGGGGAAGCAAAAGGGGAUUCGUUUUCAAGAGGGGGGGUGGCUUCGCAGGGCUGUCGGGUGAGGGUUCUGGAGGAGGAGGACUGUCAGCCCUCGGGGAUCCCAGUGGCCUCCACGCAUCCUCUAUACACCGCGGCGUUGAUCCACCUCGAAGGGGAUGCGAACGACGACGGGAGGGCGGGGAGUCGGAUCAAUGCGCAGGCGGUGUUGAGAGAACAACGGCGGGAGAUGAGUCAAGAUGAGCUGCUCUUUUGGGAGCGGGUGGAGUUCAUCCGCUGCGGCCAGCUGGGCAGCAUCCCAGGCGGCGUGAAGCGCGGCUACGCGGAUCAAGCCUCCACCGUGGUUGAUUCAGUCGAGGAUAAGAUUGAGCUCCGAUUCACGGAAUGA